AAUUCGAUAAAACCGAAUUGUACGACUAAAUUUUUUGUUUCCCUUUUUGUUGUCUGAUUUUGCAAAAUUCUUCGUGUUUUGCAAAAUGCUUAAGAAAUUCGUUGAGGUGAAUGCGGAGGCCAGUCCUUCGGCCAAUCCGUACGAGGUGCGAACCUACAUGGGUGACAACACCGUGCCCGAAUGGAAGGCCGAGAACUGUCCACCACGUCAGCGCCAGUGCAAGAAGCCGGCCAAUUCAACGAUUUCCCAUGUCCUGACCAUCGAGGAUGAGUUGCGGCGAUUGCACCAGAAGGCCGAGGAAUCGCGCUUUGUCCGGCCCUUCAAAAAGCGCUGCGAACUGUACGAUGAGUUCAGCAUGUGCGUUAUACCCCAACGCUCCCCGGACGAGCUUAAAGUGCAUGCCGAAAUGCGCGAGCGUUUGCUGGCGGCCAAACGGGAAAUGGGCUUCGUUGAGCACGAUGCACGCGUUGUCCAGGCGGCAAAAGCACACAGCAAGGAUGUUGUUGUGCUCAACAGCCCUAUGGAUAUGCAUGAGGAGGAGGAAGUGCAGCCGGAGACUGCCGAAGGCGAAGAGGAGGAGGAGGGCGAAGUGAAGCCCGUGCCAGCAAGUCUUGAGUGUAGCUCGGAAAUGAUACUCAUACCGGAUAAGCGCAUGCUUGAAUUAAAGCGACCCAAGAGUCGUAUCUAUAUUAAUGAAACCCAAAUUGGUCCUUUGGAAGAAUUGCCUUUUCCCACAUAUAAUCCUCGCAUUAUACAAGAGAAUCUUGAGGGUGAAAAUCUGAAAACUUACGAUAUUAUUGAGGGUUGUAAUCCGCAAGAUCUGUGGACCUGGAAUGUGGGUUAUCAGAGGCGUGAAAUGGAACAGGAUCAAGAAUUUAUUGCCGCUUCGUUGCCAAAAUACGAAAGAGACGGCGAGCUAACCGUGUAUAAUAUACCAAAGGACUUGGAUAAGACAUUCACUGCUGAGAUCGUAUUUGGUGGUCGCAAUAUAUAUCCUGAACCAAAAAAGGAGCAUCGCUCCAAUUUUUACAAUCGACCCAGUGAAGUCGCCUGCUUGAUUAUAGCCUAUGUGGAGAGUUUCCACUUAAAUCCUGACUUUUGGACAGCGGCCACUAUGGAUGGGAUCCUAAAGAGGGGAGUCAAGCUUACAAAACGCAGUACCUCCAUAAACUACAAAUCGGAUACUUCGGAUUUUGACAUAAUACCGCAGGUUCAGGAACGCGAGGCUAGUGUUGAGAUCAAGAUACAUUUCGCGGGACUCUUCAAAAAUGAACCCAAUCUAUUCAAAGUGCUGUCGUUGUUCUUCUCCAGAUACAACGCCUGCAUCUUUGUGUCAAAUAAGCUGUAUUUGCUCAUUUGGAAACGAUGCCUCAACUCCUUCUACAUAUUCGAUCCGAAUGGACGAAACGAUUUGUGCCAACGUGACUUUGAAGAGGGAAAGUGCUCUCUGAUGGCCACGCGGUUCACUGAACAUCUUGUGCAUAUAAUAACCGGAUUCAGCGACCUGGACCCAGACAGCGAGUUCACAGUAUAUGAGAUUAAGCUUGGAAAUUAUGGCAAGCUUAAGGAGCCGCCGCCACGCAAGGACGAGAACUUAAACCCACACAAGCUAUGGGCUAUGGUUAAUGAGCAUUUUGCCGUUAAGACGGCGGGAGGUGGUGGAUUACAGCAACCGAUAUCGGGCAAUGAGAAAAAUGCAUCACUGGUUGUGUCGCUUAUUGCUCUGAUUUACUCGGAAUUCGAGCUGGCCAAGCUGUGGAAACCUAUGACUAUCGAUGACUUGAUAAAAUAUGGAGUGGCCUAUUAUAAGACAUUGCGCAAAAAGUUUCGUCUAGAUGGCAAGCGAUGGAAGAAAAACAAACCGCAUUUGAAUGUUGUUGAUCUGCCAGAAAUGUUCCUAAUGGGUGCCUUUAAGGCCACUGUGCGCAAGCGUCCGUUUCUCAUCACCGGUCACGUGGCCGACUGCAAGGACUAUUUAGAAUCGCAGCUGACUAUGGCCUUACAGCAGCUUUUCUCCAUGCCCGAAUGGCCAACGGCAUUGCUGCAAAUCGACAACUCUGUGCUUGCCAUUUGGCGGGACAAGGAAUUUUUCUACGUAUUUGAUCCAUUUCGACGCAAUCGUACGGGCAUGGUUGUCGAUCCCGACGAUUAUCGAAUUAAGGGUCUGGCGGUAUUGCAGUUACACACCACCUUUGAUUCUUUCUGUCGUCUGCUAUACCUGAAUGCGUUGAAAAUGCGACGUGGUGGUAAAUUUUUCAUACACGGCGUACGCACAGGUUGUAUUCGGCCUCUUCAAGUGAUAACUCAGCGCGCCAACAAGUUCCCUGCCUUGCAGAUGGGCCUGCCGUCGUUCACAGAUGAGCCGGACGCUGCGGAGCCGAAACAAAAGAAGAGUAUCGAGAGUAUACCAGAGACGGAACGCCUGCCUUUACACGAUGAGAAGGAAAUGGUGAUGGACCUGAUUAUAAGCCUUAUAGAUGGUGUUAUCAAGGACCUGCCUGAGCCUAUAGCUGAUCGUCCCUAUCUGUAUAAGCAGGCACAGAAGGUGCUGUUGCGCAGUGACAAGGAGAAUUUGCGGGCUUUAAGGCUUAAGAUUAAGCGCGAUCCAACAUUGGGCGAAGAAGAGGAGGAGGAUCUGAAACGUGUACUCACACUGGAGGAGGAAUUAGCUUUGAAGAGUAAUUUCCAGACCCUGCCCGAUGGGGCGUGGAUUUUGCUGGGCACCACACAGUUGCCGCAACUGGAUGAGGAAAUGGCUAAGUUGGGUGGCUUGCUGGCUGGGUUAGUAGCCGUUGCACUCUCGGCCAAGUACAAGAUUUCGACAUGGAAUGCCGAACUAAUUGAGUUCGCACUGGAAUCGGCAAACAACUUUGGAGAUGAAUACCAAAACUAUGAGUAUAUACUGGCAUGUGUGCUGGCCAAGAAAGUGCCGGAUAUAUCUAUUGGUAGUACCUCAUACAGCAUAGAUGUGACCAAAGUGAUCAAGUCAACGGCUACGGUGCCUCUGCGACAGGUGCUGCUGGAAGUGCUUAUCACCAGCAGUCGCUUGCUGCUCGUAUGCCAGCGAUUCUCGUGCAUUAUCUUUAAGCGCUAUAACUUUCUGUAUAUGUUUAUUGGCUUCCCCUGUAAUACGGUAGGUUUCCGCAAGGGCAAUUCAGGACCGGCGUGUCUGUUACGUUUCGUGGAACUGGACGCACUCAUACGGCGCAUUGAGUUCGGCUGCAAUCCGCAGGGCUGUGCGGUCAUGAACUUCAUCAUAGCUACACUGAAGGUGCUCGACACUACCAAUACGGGUCGCUUCCGGCACUGGACGCAGGCAGACGAGGAUGCGGAAUAUAAUCAGGAAAUGGCGCGGCGCAAACGUAUUCGUGAGCAGCGUCUGGAAAAGAUGCGUUUCAUCGAUGAGGAGCUCAAGAAGGAGAACAAACGCAUUGAGACCUUCCUGUUGGCCAAGCAGCAGCGUUUGGACCGCAAGGCAGGAAAAACUCCAGAAUACAGAGACACAGGUAUCGAUGAGAUGGGUGAGGGUGAGGAAGACCAUGAAGGGUACGGUCCGGAAGAGGAAGAAGAAGGCGAAGAGGAAGUGGAAUUGAAGCACCAUCCUGGAAAGAAAUUGCCCAAAGAGUUGCGAAAGCCAUACAAGCCCAGGCCCAUUCUCUAUGGCUAUCGCAUGCGUGAGAAGGACUGCAACUUUAAGAUUCAGGGCAGCCUUGCCUUAGAAGGACGAGAUGAGGGCACCUUCAAGGAAAUCAAACCCUGUUACUUUGCCUGUGCUCUGGCUAUUAUUGGAUGUUCGUUGCGACCGCUUAGUCACUGGAAUUCUUAUCGCAUUGAUCGCGUCAUUACAAACGCCAAGACCAUAUCGUCUCGUGUUUGCGAACUAGAAUCGGUCUUUGAGCGUGUGGUGCGACACGUGACUGUAGAUGAUUACGAAUUCGAUAUUUGGAUACGCAGUUUCGAGCCACAAGGCAUGUGGACACCGCAAAUGGCGGAUGCUGCGCCAAUGAAACAGGCCCAGGGUAUGACCGUCUUGAAGAAGAAACUGGACAAAGCAUUGCACACCCGCAAAUAUCUUAUGAUAUUCACGCCCAACGGCACAUACGCCAUCUAUCACGAUGAGUUCUUCCAUCUCUUCGAUCCCUAUCCAACCAUGGAUAAGCCGGGUGGCGGAGAGGAGGGUGAGGGUGAAGUCGAAGAUGAAGACGAUGAGGAAGGUGGCGGUGGCGGCGGCGGCGGCCAAAAGAAGAAGAAGAAGUGCCCCAAAGGUCCGAAACGAUACCCAGAGCGCAAUACCGCCUCGUGGGUCCUCUUCGCGGACGUGGAGAGCAUGAUUAAGUACAUUGACGAGCGCUGUGCUCAGUCUGAGUGGAAAGAGAAAUGCCAGUACAAGUUCUAUGUGGUCGAUGUGCUCUCCUAUAAGAAGGCAGCACCGAAUGCGCGCAUCCUACAACUGCUCACUGAUCUAUCCAUACCAAUGACCUGCUCGACACGCGCAUAUGGACGGCCUGAAUACGAGAUAUGCGCCACAAACGAGUCACUGGGCUGGUUGGAGCUGGAGAACUGUCUACCGAUUUGGAGUCGUCUUAAUCGACGUAACACAGCUGGCAAAUAUCGCAAUUUGCCUGUCAGCAAGUUCAAGAAGUUCGAUAUCGAGAUCGAGGGUCGUCUCUGGUCACUGUGGGGUAAUCUCCAUCCUGAGGCACCAGUCUUCGAAGAGGUGGUGCGCGGACGCCAGUAUCUGGCCUGUUAUGUUAUUGCCUGUUGUGCGGCUAGUAUCUAUCGGCUUAUGGACUGGAGCGCUCAUCUGCUGGAUACCAUUGUCAUUAGCGGCGACAAGUACUUCACGGAGAGUAUUGAGACCAUCAAGCAGGAGGAUUACGAGUUCUCGCUGGAGAACCUCAAUAUCGAUUGCUCCUUGGAAAAUGUGAACUUUGUGGUCCAUAUCGAGCACGUCUGCUAUGGAAAAUUGUAUCGUGUUCCCACUUUCAACCGCAUGAACCUUUCCGAAGCCCUCAUAUAUUUCUUCAGCCACUACCAGUAUGGCAUCGUGAUGGUUCGCAAGCGAGCAGUGGCCAUAGGCUUUUCGCCGGGACACGAUGGCGGCUAUUUCAUGUACGAUUGUCAGGAGAAGGAUCAUCCCUUGUUCCCCAAACACCAGGGAUCAUCAUAUAUGCUGCGCACCCGCCAUUUACAGGUCCUGCUCUAUUGCUUAGUGGUAACCCUAAAUGUGCCCUUCUACAACAUUGAAUUCAGCAUACAUAAGGUGGAGAUGCUGCGAGAGGGUGCCACAGUUGAGAACGAGGCUGAAGAGGAGGGCGGAGAAUAGGAAGGGCUCAGACUUUCGAUGUUAUUUUUUAAGCAAUUUUACAAUAAAAUUACUUUCAACCAUA